AUGGGCCUGAUCCACGCCCUGGGGCACUUUGGGCCGCGCAGCAGCAGCAACCUGAGCUACUGGGGGCUGGCAGGGUGCGUGAACAACGCGAGCAUGCUGGAGUAUAACAACCGAGCGGAUGAAGUAGGCAACUACAGCACGGGCGCCGUCAUCAUGGUCGUCAUCGAUAGAGACAGGCCCCUACUGGAGAGCAUCAUAGGGCAGCCAAUCCAGUCAGUGCUGGGCCUGCCCGCCCCAAAAAAGGAUGUAUACGGAGUGAACGCGUACGGCAGCAUCAACCCCACCUUUCCCAUCCAGUCCUACACCGACUUCUUCCCUCUCGUCCCUCGGGAUCUCCUCACCAACCUGCUGAGGGGGCAGACUAUUGCCGGCGCGCCCGUCUCCGCUGGGCCCGGAUACGUGGCAAUUGUGUUUGUUGUUCCCAUCUUCCGCCAUCCUCCACCAGCCCGUGCAUCUGUGCAAGAGAUCCGAAACAGCAUCGGCAUCGCGUGGGCCGGUGUGGUUCAUCUGGAAUGGAGGGCGCGAGAAUUACUGCGCAUGCUUGAAAAUGCAGCACAUACUCAUUUGCCAU